GUUCAAGUCCCGCUUCUUCAGCGUCAGGUAGUAGUGGUGAUGGUUGGUGGGGGAGAUGGGGUUUUGGUAGUUUUAGUAUUCCAUCACCAGUCGCAGCCGUUACUGGGGCUGUUUCUACUAUAAGGGAUAGUGUGGUUUCUGCUGGUCAAGGAGUGUUGAAUUAUGGGUCAGGAAUUCUUGAGAACGUGAAAUCAAAAAUUUCGUAUGCGCUGUCUCCACCUGCGUGGAUCGCAUCAGCUUCAUCCGCCCUUCAAACUGUUACCGAGGUAGCUGCCCCCGUUAUACAUAAAGUUAAUGAAGCUACAGGAGGUGAAGUACAAGCUCCUGCACCUACUCCUCCUCCUCAACCAGCCCAACCGGCUGCACCACCCAAAACAGUUACUCCUACCCCCACCGCGAAGCCUACAAAACCUUGGGAUCGGCUUACCCCUUUUAUUGCUUUGGCUCCUGCUACAGUUGCUAUUUCUAUUUUUUCCUACUUAAUCUGGAAGUAUUUUGCUCAACUGCGUAAGAUAAGACUCUACAGAAGAGCUCCUUUAAGAAUUCCCGGUCCAUCCGUACAGGAACAACUCCUUGAUCAUGUGCAGCAAGAUAGUUCACAUGAAUAUCAAUUGGUGAAGGAACGAAAACCUCCAUCUGUUCCAGCGAGAACAAAACGUUCUGCACGCGAUCCUGCUGGUGGUGGUCGCGUGAAUCGCCGCACCAUUAUUAAAAUUCAUUUUGAACUGGUGGACGAAUGUCAAAAGGGGAACACAAAAUUGACUCAGAAUGAUUUUCUGGAACUUUUAGUUCGAGAGUUUAUGGGAAGCGAAUUUAUGGAAGAAGAACAGGUUCCUAAGGAAGAGGUUCUUAUGGAAGGGGUUCCUAUGGAACUUGUUCCUAUUGAAGAGGUUCCAAUGGAACGUGUUCCAAUUUUAGGUUCCGUGUUUAUGGUUUAG